UAUCAUAUGCUUUAUUUGCGUGGGGGUCUUAUUUUCUCUGAAGGAAUGGCUGAAAAUAAUAUAUCCUCUGGCCAACAACUAAAUCAAGAAAAUUUAUUUUAUGGAAGCAUUUUACAAACAAAAUAUAGAAUUUGUAAAGAUAUAAGAGUAAAUCCGGUUGAAAUAAUAAUGGAUGGAAAUUUGGGUAUAGUCACAUUUAGAGGAGCACCUUAUGACCAAAUAAGUUCUGAGAUUAAUACUCCUCAACAACAACAAAAAAUUCAACGGCCAAUAGGUUUUCGUCUUCAUGUUUAUGCAAAAUGUGGUGGAAUUCUUUGGGUUAAUAGUGAACGUAAAGUGCUUAAUACAGCAAAUGUUGGGUUAAAAAUGCAACAAAAUAUUAAUAAAAUAAAAGAAAAUAAUAAUAGCAAUAUUUGCGAAUGGAAUUUACGUUUGAGUGAAAAUUCUGAAGGCAAUCAGAAAAUCUUUGUUCGUGUCGAGCAAUACUUUUUCCCAUCAUCAACACAAUUAUUAGACCCUAAUAAUAAUGGAGAACCUCCUCAGUUGGAAUUUUUUUGUGGAGAAGAUUCUAAAGGAAUUGUUGAGGCUUCAACACAUUACACAAACACUCAUCAAACACCCCAACUACAACAUUUCCAUGAAUUUGUAUGUGAUCAGAAUCAGGCAAAAUUAGUUGGUAAACAAUUAAAUACAAUGGAAUCAUCUGCUUUUCUUAUUAAUUAUGAUGUUGCAUCCACCUUUUGUGGUGGUCAAUCAAUUAACGAUCAACAAGGCAGACUUGCACUCAAUCCAAUUUUGUCCCCAACAGAAUGUGAAUGGACUAUUAAUGCCGUUAAAGGCUCCCAUGUUUCUAUCCAAAUUCUUGCUUUUUCACUUCCAAAGUCGGAAUUCUGUACAAUUUCAUUUUUGGAAUUUCGAGAAAAAAAUUCGAGUGGACAAUUAAUUGGACGUUUUUGUGGAGAUUUGUUUCCCCCAUCUGUUGAAAAUAUUGAAGGACCUAUUUAUAUUAGAUUGAGACACAAAAUUGAAGAAGAUUUGGAUAUUGAUGGGGGUGAAGGAGAAGGAAAUAAUGAUAAUGGAAAAAUAGCAAGAAUUGAAUUAAAAUAUACAAAAAUUUAUGGCCAAACAUCUUCUCACAUAAUCGAAUCGCCCCCCGAAGGGUUAAUUCAGCCAGUUUCUUGGCGAAUCGCUACAGAAGAUUCUGAGAAUUGGAUUCAGUUUGGAUUGACUGAAUAUAUUUUAGAACAAUUUCCGGCUAGAAUAGAUAUUCACCCAUAUUGGUGUUUUUUGGUUCCUUCCUCGUUGGAAGAAGAAGCCUGUGUUGCUAACGAUCCAUUAACUCUUAGCUUUACCCCUCUUUCACCUCCCGAGAGAAAUUAUUUAUAUACUUUACGAUCUAAUAAAGCAACAAUUGUUUUUUAUCCAAAAUGUUUUGUUUCCAAAAAUUGUCUUGUAUCUCCAUUUAAAUUUUAUUGGAAAGAGGUAAAUCCAAGGAAAGGAGAACAUAAUGGGACAUCAGAAAUUGAUAAUAUCGAAAAAUCAAAAGAUGGAGGCUUUACUUGUGGGGGAGAGUUAAUUGCAACAUAUAAAAUACAAACACUUUUUAGUCCGAUUGAUCAGAAUACAAUGAAGUAUCGUAACAAUGAGAGAUGUAAAUGGACAAUAAGACGUCCCCAAUUUGCCAAUAUUUUGUUGUCUGUUACCAAUCUAGAUUUAGAACCCCACCCAGAAUGUCAAUAUGAUUGGUUAUCUCUUGGGACAGUAAAUUAUGAAAAAGCUAAAGAAUUAGAUAAUAUUCCAACGAUUCAAAGAAUUUGCCAAAAACAACAGCAAACAACAACAACAAUUGAAAUAAAUUCGUCAGAGUUUGCUUUUAUUUAUUUUUACACAGACAGGUCUCGGAUUAGUGGAGGGUUUUCUCUUAAUUAUUCAUUAUCCUGCAAUUCCAUUGAACUCUUGCUUCCAUCUCAAGGAAUUUUAGAUACACAUUUAUCUUUAGAACCUUCACCUGAAGAUUUAACUUUAUCUAUUAAAAAUCUAAAAUGUCAUUGGUCAAUCCUUGUUUUAUCGAGAAGGGAUAUUUUUGUUCAGGCUUUGGAUAUGGAUUUAGCCCCGAGGGAGUGGUCAAGCCAGGAAUGUGUGAAUGAUGCUUUAGAAUUUUCAUCUACACCUUUCUAUAGCGAAGAAACAAUUGCUAAUCGUUCUUUGGUACAUUGUGGACAAGAAAAGUUUAAUUUGACAGUUCCUUCUGGUUAUUUAUUUAUUCGCUAUAGAAGAGCUUUACCUAAAGGAAGGGGAUUUAAACUUCGUCUUCACGAAAUUAUCCACGACUGUGCUUCUUCAAUAAUUCAACUUGAUCAAUUUUCUCCUCAAAAAAUAAUUACUUCUCCAGAAUUUCCUCUAGCUUCACCAAAUUCCUUAGAUUGUAAUUGGAUUCUUAGUGCCCCUCCCGGAAGGCGAUUACAAUUUACAAUUGAUCCUAGAACAUUUCUUUUACAAAAUCCAAUUAGUGGGGAUCGUUGUGAAGAGGAUUAUUUAGAAAUUAGGGAUGGAAGUUCACAUGCAUCAACAUUAGUUGGACGUUUUUGCGAAACAAAUGCUCCAAGUACUUUUAUAUCAACUAGCGAACAUUUGUAUGUUCGUUAUGUGACUGACAGCGAUUCAGAAUCACCUGGUUGGAAUGCUACAAUUAGUUUAUCCUUUUGUGGAGGUUCUGUUGUCCUUGUUUCUGGACAGAAUUCAACAAUUCAUUCUCCCAACUUUCCCGAUGUUUACCCAUCCUCCUUAAAUUGUGAAUGGAUAAUAUUUGCACCGAGAGGACAUUUUGUUGAAGCAAUGAUGGAACAUUUUUGGUUAUCUGCUACGGAAAACUGUACUUCUGAAUAUUUAACAAUUAGAGAUUAUAAUUCUACUGGUGAAUAUAUCCAAAAACCUACAUGUUCAAAAUUAACUUUAAAUUCCAACGGUUUUUAUCGUUCACAACACCGUUCCCUUUCAAUUUUAUUUGUUGUUAAUUACACAACAAGUUCAACAACAACUUCAUAUAUUAGUACAAAUACAGCUGCUAGAGCUGCCCGUUUAUUCUGUUUAGCUAGAAAAUGUGGUUUUAGUCUUCGACUUUGGGCAUCUAAAUUGUCUUGUGGAGGGACAAUAAAGGAUGAUGGAGGGGAAUUGUCUUUGCCUUAUGGAAGUAGUUAUAUGGCAGAAAUACCUCUUUUUUGUCAAUGGAAUUUUCAAGCUGGGAUUGGGUUUAGAUAUUUGUUAGAUUUUGAAUUUUUGGCAGGAAAUAGUGGGGAGGAGGAGGAGAAUGCUUUAAUGCUUCCUUCUAAUAACGCGGAUAAAAUAAAUUGCUUCAUAGAUUUAUUGUUUUAUGAUGGCAUUGACUUUGGUGAUCGAAUAUUAAAUAGUAAUUCUCAAUAUUUUUGUUCAAACAAAACUCGAAUAAUCUCUACUUCUGACAUUUCUAUAUUAAAAUAUGAUAAUAAUAAUUGUGGAGAGAAUUAUUUGAAAGGAUUUUGUAAUUAUGCUAAAAUUGUUAAUUUAUCGCCAAAAAUAGAAUGGAAAUUAUUAAAUAAAAAACAAUUUAAAAUAAAAUAUACAAAAGUGCCGAAAGAUUUAAAUAAUGCUUCUUGUAUGUAUGAAUUAACAAUGGCUGGAAAUUUAAGUUUGAAUAUGCCCCAGACUUUUGGUGAUCAACAACAAAUUUCCUUUUGUCACAUCCAAAUACGCAAAUUAAAUCCAGAUUUUAUCACUUUACAUUUACGAAUUUUAAAUGCUAGCUUUUAUUCUUCUGGAUAUUCAACUGAUAAAUUAAGUAAUAAAUGUACUAAUUGGGAAAGUCAAUUUUUAAUUAGAGAAUGUGGCGGUUUAAUUGAUGAACGUUUUAUGGGCAUGUCUGGCGAAUUGAGCAGUCCAGGGUUUGGAACAUCCUCCAAUUACAGUAAUGGUUUGGAGUGUCUUUGGUUACUUAGAGCACCUGAAUCUUACGUUGUUGAAAUAAAAUUUACCACAAUGGAUUUGGAAUAUCACAUUGAAUGUUCACUGGAUAUGUUGGAAGUUAUUUCUGGUGAACGACAAUCUUCUGCAGUCAUUCACCGAUAUUGCAAUUCUGAAAGUAUGGGAGAAGAUCAGAAACUACCAGAACGUUUUCGAAUUAUUCGUUCUGCCGGCCGUUCUUUAACACUUCGUUUUCACACUGACAGUACUAUAACCGCCCGUGGUUUUUCUCUCCAAUAUACAUUUUCUUUACCAAAUCCAAAACAAUGUGGUUUCAAUCUCCAUUCACUUGCCGGCGGAUUUAUUCAAUCCCCUGGCUAUCCAUUAAAUGAUUAUUUAAACAAUACAAAUUGUUUGUGGGAUUUACAAGUCCCUACUGGCUAUCAUAUAUUAAUUACUUUUGAAUAUUUUGAUAUUGCACAAUCAAUUGAUUGCAAAAAUGAUUUUUUAAAAAUCUCAGAGGAGCACCAAUCACGUGCUAUAGUUCCUCUACGUUCUUAUUAUUUUUAUUUUGAUCAUGAAUCGCCUGGCCAAAAACUUUGUGGAAAUAAAUUACCUGCACCUAUUCGAACAGAAAGCAACAGAGUUAAAAUUAAUUUUACAACGGAUUCUCGUAAAACGGCAAAAGGAUUUAAAUUACGUUGGGAAGCGGUUUGUGGAGGUGCUGUAUUUCGUAAUAACCAUGGUGUAAUAACCUCUCCAAAUUACCCAAUUAAUUAUCCAAAUAAAGCAACACAAUGUGAUUACCUUAUUGACCCAGAAGUACAGCCAGGCAUUACACAAAUUGUUACCUUAAAAGUUUUGGAUUUUGAUUUGGAUAAUACAAAUUUUGUUGAAUUUAAUAAAAAUGAUAAUCAGCGACGUUUAUGUUCUUCUGAUUAUUUAGAGAUUAAAGAUGUUGAACAAAAUGUUACUGUUCAAUUACUUUGUGGAGCUACUUUCCAGGCUGAUUCAGCGGAGGCUGUUUCCAUUAAAUCAGUUUAUAUCACUUCCCCAGCUUUUCCUCUCCCCUACCAUCAUUCACUCGAUUGUGUCUGGAAUAUAACUGCCUCUUCUGAUUAUAUAAUCUCUUAUAAAUUUACUGAUUUAAAUAUAGAAAUGGGGGUACAGGGUGAUUGUCCCUUUGAUUCUGUUGAAGUUUUUGAUGAAAAAGAAUUUAAUAAUCAGAGCAGAAAAUUAAUUAUUUGUGGGGAUAAAGCACCCGACGGUGAAAUGAAAAGUAGUGGUUCUGGAUUACUUGUUCGGUUUAGAAGUGACCACAGUACAAGUUUUGAUGGGUUUAGAAUGGUAUUAACAGCAACAUUGGGGCCUUCCAAAGGUUGUGGGGGUUCUCUUAAAGCUUUGGAAAAUGAAUGGACGAAAUUAAAUGUUCCAAUAGAUCCUCAAACUGAGAAUUACUACCCAAAUCUUCGUUGUGAAUGGAAUAUUGAAGCUGAGCGUGGAAAUCUUAUAGAAAUUCGUUUAAUUGAAUUAAAAUUAGAACAAAAACCUCCACAACAACAACAACAAAAUUCUGUUAAUUCAACUUUAGCUAAUUAUGUUGGACUUUCAUUUUUGGAAGUUACCCCUUGUUUUGAUUAUAUAGCUAUUUAUGAUGGACCUAAAGCAACUUCCCCUCUAUUACUUCCACCAAGUUGUAGUUUACCUUUAACUGACAAUAAUGAAUUAAAUCCAAAUUUUAUUUCAUCCCAUCGCCAAAUUGACGUAUUUUUCUCUUCCGAUUCUAGUACAGAAUUAGCUGGAACUGGAUUUCAAGCUGAGUUUAGAGCAAUUAAAUCUGACUGUGGAGGAGCUUUUUUGGCUGGCCAAGAUUGUUGUCGGUGGUUUCUCUAUACAGAAAAGCAACAACCUUUGGAAGUUAUUUUUGAGCAAUUUUCUUUUCCAUCAACCAGCGGUAAUUGUUUGGAUGAAUUUUUGGAACUUCGUGAUGUUGGGGCUUUAAGUGAAUGUCAACAUCCUGCUUGUGCUACCGAACCAUUACAAGGAAAAAAGGAAAAAACUAUACGUACAUGUGGAGAUAAUGCACCUCAAUGGUACAUUUCAAGUACUUCAGUUAUACAAUUAACUGCUUCUGUUCUUCUCCAAAGCCAAUUCUCUGCUAGUUUCCGUAUUCGUUUUCGGACUCUUUCUGCUUGCAAUCGAAGUAUUGAAAUUGACGGAAAUGUUCCCGAUGGUGUUUCAUUAGCUUCUGGACGUAUUACUUCCCCCAAUUAUCCCCAUUCCCCUUAUUUGGCUAAUUCUAGUUGCACAACAAAGUUAAUUGCAGCCGAGGAUCAUCGUCUCUUUCUCGUUUUUAAACAUUUUGAAUUAGAAAGGGGCCGUCACAGAAUGUUACCUCAAUCAAUGUUUUAUCGUUUUCGACCAAUUGGUGCUAAUUCAGAUCAUUUUAUUGGUACAGCAACGAGUGGGGCUGAUAAUUGUUUAUAUGAUUAUUUAAAUAUUUGUUGUUUAUCUUCAAAUAAUCAAUUAAAUACAAAUAAUUCAUUUGAAAUUAAAACAAAAACUCUUUGUGGUUCUUGGUUACCCCCUUCAUUAAUUUCUGAAAAUAACAAAAUUGAACUUACUCUUACUACAGAUGCUUCUAUUAUGGGAAGUGGUUUUGAAAUUAAUUAUUAUUCUGUUAGGAUAACAACUUCAAAUAAUUUACAAAUUUAUGAAUUAUCGCCAAUACGUGAAAGAUCAGGUGCAUUAACAAGUAUUAAUUACCCAAAUAGUUAUCCACAAAAUUGUUUAUUACGUUCUACUUUAAUACCUCCAACUGGAUUUUUCUGUACUGUUCGGAUAUUAAAUGCUGAUUUUGGUAAUGAAUGUAGAGAUUCAAGUAAGGGAGAAAAAUAUUAA